AUGGUAACUCGAUCCAAUGUGACGGAAUAUGAACUCAGCCCGUAUGAGACGAGUCUCAAUGGAUUGCCUCCACGGCACACAGCUCGCUUGUUUAAUACACAUGGUUCGGGGACAAUGUCAGAUCUGGUCGACUUCAAAAAACAAGCCCGAAAAGUACGUGAGUACAAUGAAAAACGACGUUUGAACCCUCUGAUUCCUGCUCAGGAGGAACUGCUCUCCCAACUUUAUCAAGACCAAGUUGACUUCACCAGAAGAUUGGGAAAGUAUGUAGCCGCCCAUAAUCAUGCGGUGCAAGCGGCUUUCGCAAAAAUGCAGAAUUAG